UAUAGCAUUACGUCUAUCACCACCACCUGCUUACACCAAGACCAGGCGAGGCUCGCGGCUAGCUAGCUGCAUAUAUAGUAAAUAUUGCGUUGUGUGGCUUCGUUGCAACCAGGAUGUUACCGGACGCCUGCAAUACCUGGUGAAAAAUGGAAAAAAAUGUUGCUUGGUUGUAGUAGUGGAAGAUUGUGAGAAGCAGUGAAUUUUAACUGAGGAAUAUUUCAUGACAGACUUGUACAAAAAUGGAAGUGUUCGAGGCCAAGUUCGAUUAUGUGAAGCAACGAAAAGACGUUCUAAGUUUCAAGAAAGGAGACAAGUUUUACGUUAUUGACAAACCGAAUGAUGAGUGGUGGAGUGCGAGAAAAGUUGAGGACAACGCGUUUGGAUACGUGCCCUCAAUGUAUUUAGAGAAAAGCAAAGAGCAAUUUAUUGGAAGAUUGGUACCAGAGGGAAGGAGAAACACGUCAGGAGCCAAUAUGCCAAAGAGGGAGCAUGACAUUCAUCUGCAAGCCUUGUCCGAACUUCAUCAACGUGUCAAACCAUUACCAGGACUAACACUAUCUCAGAGCUGUCCAGCCCAUGUAUUGGGCCAAGCUCUCGGAGUGGACGUCCCCAAGGAGCCCCCACCCCCAGCCCCUCAGCACAUUACAAAUCAGCAACGUCAGAAAAUCUUGAUAUCAGACUUUGAGGUGGAUGAGCCUGAGCCAAUCAGUGAGAGACUCCGCAGCCCUGCACCCCCUCUCACAUCACCCUCCUCCAGAUCUCCCCGAAAUAGCUUUGAGGGUGGUAUCCACUCCUCCAGGGGCAGGAGCCCUUCCCCUCAACCCUUCCCCAGACCCAAAUCUAAGAACGGGUCGUUCAGACACGAGGAUGAUUCCCUCCCUUACCAUCACAAAUGUAAUGCUGCGGUAGAGCCGAAAGUUGAAGACGACGAAGAUGAACUUCCCCCACACCUGCGUACGACCCCUCCUCCUCCUGUAUCCAGUCCACCCCCACCAGACUAUGAUUUUGACGACGAUGAAGAUGCACCAAAUGGAGUGCCUUAUCACCAUAAACUGAACUUGUCUGGAAGGCAGGAAACUGGUCGCUUCAUCGAGGUCAUCGACGACCACCUGGACGGUCCGCCCAACAUACCUCCUACCCUGAUAGGACGCGUGGACGAGGAUGGCCUUAUCCAGCCCAAGCCUCUACUCAACCCUGUCAUGGAAUCACCCAUGCAUAAGAAUCUUCACAGAGAGCUCAGGAUAAGAUCCCAAUAUCCUAGAAGGGAGAAUACAGGAUCGUUAGAAGCCAGCGGACGGUCGGUCCUGAAACAAGAUGAGCUGAAGAAGGUGUUCCGUGACAGGAGUCACAAGCAAUCCUUGAAGGUGAUGGAUGCCGAGAGGAACUCUAGGAGGACCAGUCUUGAUGUCAAACUAGGAGAACGUCUCAAGUUGACGGAAGAAGAGGAGAGCUUCAAGGCCCUAGAAACAUUGGAGAAAGCUGCGCUUCAGCCCGAAUUCAUGAAUCUCACUCUCAAAUCACGAUCCGGUUCAGGAAAGUCGUGAUGGACACCUCUUUAUCUUCCAUGUCAAAUAGAAAUAAACUUGAGAGAUGAGUUGACGAUUAUUUAUAUAAAUAUAUAUAUUUUUGAGCAUAUUAACUCCAUUGAAGUGAUGCAAAUGUGAAUAUGAGAAUAUCUGAUACUUGAUCUGUAAUGAUCAAUGUUACAGACCAGAGUCUUCAUUUGUCUUGUAUAGAUUUGAAAUUGAUCCGGAUUGAUCGCAAGUCCUCCAUUCAGUGGUGAACUUACAAACUCCUAUCACAUUAGUAUGUGGUUGUGGUUGAUCCGGAUUGAUUGCAAGUCCUCUAUCAGUCUGGAACUUACAAACUCCUAUCACAUUAGUACAUAGUUGUGGUUGAUCCGGAUUGAUUGCAAGUCCUCUAUUCAGUGGUGAACUUACAGACUCCUUUCACAUUAGUAUGUGGUUGUGGUUGAUCCGGAUUGAUCGCAAGUCCUCUAUUCAGUGGUGAACUUACAAACUCCUUUCACAUUAGUACGUGGUUGUGGUUGAUCCAGAUUGAUCGCAAGUCUUCUAUCAGUCUGGAACUUACAAACUCCUAUCACAUUAGUACAUAGUUGUGGUUGAUCCAGAUUGAUCGCAAGUCCUCUAUCAGUCUGGAACUUACAAACUCCUAUCACAUUAGUACAUAGUUGUGGUUGAUCCAGAUUGAUCGCAAGUCCUCUAUUCAGUGGUAAACUUACAAACUCCUUUCACAUUAGUACGUGGUUGUGGUUGAUCCAGAUUGAUCGCAAGUCCUCUAUUCAGUGGUGAACUUACAAACUCCUUUCACAUUAGUACAUAGUUGUGGUUGAUCCGGAUUGAUCGCAAGUCCUCUAUCAGUCUGGAACUUACAAACUCCUAUCACAUUAGUACAUAGUUGUGGUUGAUCCGGAUUGAUCGCAAGUCCUCUAUCAGUCUGGAACUUACAAACUCCUAUCACAUUAGUACAUAGUUGUGGUUGAUCCGGAUUGAUCGCAAGUCCUCUAUUCAGUGGUGAACUUACAAACUCCUUUCACAUUAGUACAUAGUUGUGGUUGAUCCAGAUUGAUCGCAAGUCCUCUAUCAGUCUGGAACUUACAAACUCCUGUCACAUUAGUACAUAGUUGUGGUUGAUCUGGAUUGAUCGCAAGUCCUCUAUCAGUCGGGAACUUACAAACUCCUAUCACAUUAGUGCAGAGUUGAUUGAUUUCAAGUUGCAAUGAAUUUGAAUCAAUCAUACCUGUUUAACACAGGAGCCAGGUUGGAUAGAGUAUGAUAUAGGUUAAGUUGUGCACCACUAUCUUUAUUAAAGAAGGAAAAUAAUCUUCUGGAGAAACUGUAAAAUUACCAGCUCUGAAUUGCACAAACACAUGUAUGCAAAUGAGGUAUUAGCAUUUAAGAACUAAUAAUCUUUAGACUUGAGUCAAAAUAGUUGUAUACUAAAAACUCUUUGCAGAGGAUUGCUAGAUCUGCAUGUAGCCAUAAUAGAUGCAUGCCAAGAAAAAUGUCUUUUUCUCAUCAAUGCAUAAUUGGACAAAAACUUUCACUGUCGAUGUUUUGCCUUCUGAGAACCCAACAUGCUCUUCAGACAAAACCCAAAGUGAAUAUUGUUCCAUGUAUAUAUAUAUAUGUAGUUUUAAAAGAGGGGUUUAGUCUGUUUUGUGGUCCUUUUGUAAGAAAAACAUUAAAGAUAUGACUGUACUUACUGGUGUUGUAUGGGAUUUUGUAAUAUGAACCUAGAUACCAAAAUGAAAAAAAGACUUGAAUUCUUAUAAGAAUAUUACCUCAUUGUAAAAAUUGUCAUCUCUUUGCAACAUACAUUUACAAGUUCUUUACAGUGUAAUGAGUUUCAUCCUGAGUUAUCCCAGGCUUAAUUGGCUGAUCAGACCUCACUGAUUACCAUAAUGAAUAUGUAUGAGCAUGUAUAAUGUGCCAAUGACGAUAAUAAAAGUGGUCACACCUGAACUAUUGUCAAUCAAGCAUGAUAGACUCCACCCACAUGCCUUCUACUUAACUGAUGUUCCAUGAAAGGAGUAACAUUGAUUGUUACAAAAUUCACAAAAUUCUGUUUGAGAUGAUGAAAUUAUUCCGGGAGGCUCUUUUUAAUAGCAUAACACAUUGAGGUCUGACCUACAACAAUGGUUUUCAUUUUGAUUUCAACAUACAUUCUUGAGCAAACUGGGAACAAUUUAUCAUUAUAUAUAGUUAUCAUUAGCAUUAUAUGUGACUUAUGACUAGCCCUUUAGUAUUCAAUGCGUUACUUAUAUGCUAAUAUGAGGCACUAGGCACUUACAGGCACAUUAAUUGCCUCAUACACAGCCUGUAAGUGGAGAAACUAGAAGGGGCCUAUCAAUUUGCGUCAUAAUACUGAAAUGCAUAGUCAAUCGUUAUCAAAGCGUUGGGCAAAGACUUUAUUCAUGUUUAGGAGAAGGGCAACAGGUUUAUUAUUUUCUGAUUAUAAAGUAGCCAGUCAGGCACCUUAAGAUGCAAACUGUCAAGUUUGUUGCACUUCUAUGCAGUAUGAAUAUUAGGUUGUGGUGUAAGGGUAAGAAUUUGUUUGUAUAUAUUUACAUGGGGUAUAUAUGGGAUGAAUAAAGAAGUUAGUGUAGUUGAGCAGAAACCAAACAAGUAAUCUGUAGUAUGCUUAUAGCGUAAUAUCUUGUGGUAGUAGGCCUACUCUAAACAUGAAUACAAGCGAGGCAUCAGCAAUCCUAUAUGAUUCCAAACGGACCAUAUGGUAACAAAACAGUGUAUCAGGUUUGCAUGUAUUAACUUUAAAUAUUAUUCUAAUCAGGCAUUUGAUAUACUCUUGGUAAACUUCAACAGUACUUGUAGAUUUAUUCUGGAUGGUCUCCUGAUUGCAAGGAAUUGCCUUUUUUCUCAAAAUCUGAUAUAAAAAA